AACAUCAUUACUUAAAAUCCUCGACUUAUUUCAGCUGAGCGUAGAGUUUGUGUAACAAUGGCCGAAGAAGUGAUUCUGUUGGAUUUCUGGCCGAGCAUGUUUGGCAUGAGGGUGAGGAUCGCAUUGGCGGAGAAAGGGGUGAAGUAUGAAUACAAAGAGGAGGAUUUGAAGAACAAGAGCCCUUUGCUUUUGCAAAUGAACCCCAUUCAUAAGAAGAUUCCGGUUCUUGUUCACAAUGGCAAACCCGUCUGUGAAUCUUCCAUCAUUGUUCAGUACAUUGAUGAGGUGUGGAAGGAUAAAGCUCCUUUGUUGCCCUCUGAUCCUUACAAGCGAGCUCAAGCUCGGUUUUGGAUUGAUUUCAUUGACAAGAAGUUAUUUGAUGUUGGGAGGAAGACAUGGAACACAACAGGUGAAGCACAGGAGAACGCAAAGAAGGAAUUCAUUGAAAUAAUAAAGACCUUGGAAGAGCAGCUGGGAGACAAGCCUUACUUCGGAGGUGAAACCUUCGGCUACGUCGACAUAUCGUUGAUCCCUGUUUACUGUUGGCUUCACGCAUACGAGACACAUGCCAAGUUCAGCGUAGAGGCAGAUUGCCCCAAAUUCACUGCCUGGGCUAAGAGAUGUAUGCAGAAGGAAAGCGUUUCCAAGUCGCUCCCUGAUCAGAAGAAAGUGCUAGGGUUUGUUGCAGAAUUGAGGAAAAGGUUUGGGUUGGAAUAGUUGAAAUUUCACAAAGAACAAAAUUAUAUAUACAAAUAAAUGUUACAAAAUUAUCUUUAUAAAUUGAGGUUGUAGUUUGUGAUUGGAUAAUAUGAUUAUUUAUUUUUUCUUUCA